AUGUUUGCUCUAUCUAUGGGCAUGUUCACUGCCAACCUGGACUCAACAAUUCUGGCCACCGCUAUUCCUUACUUCGCCAAUGAAUUUCAUAGUAUCGAUGAUAUUGGUUGGUAUGGUUCGGCCACGUUCUUGAAAUUUGCAGCCUUCCAGACGACUUGGGGCAAGGCAUUCAAGUACUUCCAUCUAACAUGGUCAUAUCUUCUGUCUCUCUUCAUCUUCGAGCUGGGCAGUCUCAUAUGUGCCGUGGCCCCGAACAGUGCUACGUUAAUAGUCGGCCGUGCAAUUGCUGGUACCGGGGGAGUAGGUCUUUGUACGGGUACCUUUGCCAUCAUUGGGUAUACUGUCGCUUCGGAGCGCCAAUCUGGAUUCAUGUGGAAUACCGAAGGGAGUUUUAUUGCCGUUGACUGGCGAGAACGGGUGUGGACGGGGAAGAAGUUGGUUUUCGCCAAUGGAGUCCUUGAUAUCUUUCCAGAUAUCACAGGAUAUGGAGAGUGCUGGGGACUAGGAAUGAGUGCUCGCCAUUGGGGAUAUGGGCAACACCAUGGCGGGGAUGCACGUUGCACGGAUGGCCCGGCGGUUCGUUACGACCGUCACCAUCUCUAUACACAUGGCGCACAAGAGCGUACCGAGGCGCUCGAGAAAACGAGCCAUGAUAAGGGCAUUAAGGUCGAUAGUAGGCCUGUGACGCGGCUGGUCAAGGGGCCAGGCCCAUCAGACGUGGAAGUAGGAUUUGAAGAUAGUACUAAAAGAAUAGAGGGAUUCUUGGUCCACGAGCCUAAAACAGAAAUUAACGGCCCGUUCGCCGAGCAACUAGGAUUGUACCUCACAUCUGAUGGUGAUAUCAAGACAGCGAAGCCGUUCUACAGCACCUCCGUUCCCGGAGUAUUUGCAGCGGGUGACUGUGCCGUGCCCAUGAAGGCGGUAGUAACGGCCAUGUUGUCGGGGACGUUGGUGGCGGGAGGAUUGGCCGGACAAUUGCAGGCAAAGCUGUAUUCGGGAGAGCAGAAACUAACACAAACUGUUUGA